UUCCACUUCAUAGUAUUUUCCGGCCUUCUUCGUUGAUUUUGUGUAAAAACCGGCAGUACUUAAAUUAUUUAGUUUAUUAUAAAAGCAAACCGCCAUCUUGAAAGUUCCUGCAAAUGAAUCUGCAAUCCCAUGCCGCUGAGUGUAUGAAAUUUCUAGCCAUGUUGCAUUUGUUUAGAUUGGCGUACAAGCACAAAGAAAGUGGAUACUAAAAGCGACAACGGCAUACUUGGUAAACUGGACAAAGAGGCAAGAGAAUAUAUAAAUUUAUGUAGUGUUAUAAACAUUAUUUAUCAACAUUAUUUUGAGCUCCCAAAUCUUUAAUUCCAAGAAUGGUUUGGACUUCAUCUCCUUUUCUUAACUUCAGGAGAACUAAUAAUCAAAUUCAGUAUCAAUCAAGAAAUUAAUGUGUCUAUUAUUGGCUUUCCCCUAAGUCUUACCAUCGAGACAAGCACGGGAAUGCAAAGUUUUCUAAAUUUUUUUGUUUGAUUAUUUUUUCCCUAUAUAUACAAAAAUUUCAUAAUCGAACAAUUCAGAUAAUAUUUACAAGUGAUAGGGCUAGAUCGAGCCCUAAUAGAAAUCUUAACCAGGCUUUUAUCAAGCCCUGUAGUUAUAUAUAUAUAUAUAUAUAUAUAUAUAUAUAUAUAUAUAUAUAUAUAUAUAUAUAUAUAUAUAUAUAUAUAUAUAUAUAUAUAUAUAUAUAUAUAUAAUUAUAUAGUGUAUAUAGUACCGGGUGUCCCAAAACAAUUGCGCUGUUUGAUUUAAUGUAACAUGAAAACUAUAAAAGCUAUUCCACUAAAAUAAAUUUUAUAGCAUUCAGAAAGGGUUAACUUAGAUUUUAACAUAUAACAUUUGAAUAUCCGUGCAAUAUUUACUGAGCUAUCGAUGUUUUAAAUCGAAUAAGCAUAUUUGACAAUAUUAAAAAUUUGCAUAAAAUUGCCAAUCAAAUAUUAUUUGGUUAAACUUGAUUAUAUAGUUUUAUUGUGGCCAAAAGAACGAAUGAAAAACAUAAUUGUUGGAUAAACAUUUAUUCAUUCAUCAUAUAAAGUAUGUCCCCUUGCACGCAUACAAUGUCUUGCACGGGAAAACAUAAAAGUCAAAUUCUUUGAUGUUAAUCGAAUCGUAUUCGAAAGGCGAACGAGGACCAACUUUAUAAUACAAACUCUCACAGGACGCCAGACAAAUAUGCUUUCGAACGUUUUUAAAUGUUUCAUGCUUAUUUCGCUUCCCAAGAAACAAGAAAGGUUAACUUAUACUAGGACUUUACCCGAAAUUAAAGUUGAGUUGAAAUGCUGAAAUUGAAAUUGUUAAUUUUUGUGGAGAAUGGCAAUUUGUUUUCAUAUAAAUUUGAUCAGCCAUGUUUCUCGAUUUUUUUACUCAUUUUUAAAGCGUGUGUUACAUUCAAACGUAAUAUUACAUGACAUGUAAUACGUAAUAUUACAUGAAAUGUUUAGGGCUGUAUAUCAAAAUCUAAGUUAGCCUUUCCUUAAUACAACAAAAGUUAUUUGAGUGUAAUAGCUUUUAUAGUUUUUACCUUACAUAAAAUCAAACACCGCAAGUUUUUUUUUGGGACACACGGUAUAAUGUUUAAAAACUCAUUAAUAUAAUUCAUGAGGAAAACACAACGAAAAAUUAUAAGCGUGUCGUAUCUUUAUAAUUAUGUGAUAGAGAUUUCUCUUGAUUCACAUAAACUUUAACUUUGAUUUUCUCGACUUGCACAACGUAUUUUUUGAAAAUAACUUCGCCAAUGAACUUACUAGAUCGAUCGUUUUUUAAGCAAUUUAAAACAUGAACAGUAGUGUUUUAUCAGACCUAAUGAUGCUCAGCCUCGCCUCGCAUCUUUAUAUCUGAUAAAACACUGCUGCUCAUGAUUUAAAUAGUACUUUACAAAACAGGUUGGAAAUUUGUCUGAGCAUGCGCGAGCAAAACGAGCCACGCAAUUGCGUAAAGUACACGCAAUGUGUGUUUACAAAAACUUCAAAAAGGCGUAAUUGUGUAAAUAUUGCCAAAUGUUUGGUACAAAAUAAAUUAUAGUUUUAUGUUGAAAAUGGACAUGAUCUAAAUUAAUCAUGCAGAAUUUUUUAGUGACGUCCAUUUCAGUACCCUGCCAUUGUCCCUGGUGUGCUGUCCGUGUGCAUUGAUCUGAAAUAGUUAUUACUUUGCUGUCGAAACAUUUCGAAUGUCCAGAUGAAAAUACAUUGUAUUUUAUGCAUAUUAUAACCUUGUAAACUGUAUGGGCCCCUAUUUUACGCUUAUACCUAAGAUAUAAAAUAAAAAGAAAAGAAACAGAGAACAUUUUAGUUUUAUCGUGAGGACACUUCCAGUUUUUAAAAUAUCUUCAUUUCUUUUCCGGUCAUCACCAAAAUUACACUGAAGCUGGGCUUGAAUAUACAACAAAUUUUGAAUCUCAUCAAGUACAAAAAAACGUGUAACCAAAAUAUGCUCAUGAAAUCGAAAUUAAGAGCUAACUUUUUAAACUAGACCCUUUUUGAGGAGGUUUUCAAGAAGGAAGUUCACCUUUCGGCCUUUGAUUCUUGGCAAAAAUUUGACCACAACACGUGCAAAGCAACUGCAUGGGUUCCAAUUGAGCCCCUAUUUUUCUGACGAUAUGUUUGAUACCUUCAAACGCCGAAAAGUUUUCUCUUUGCAUUUAGCAGUAUUCGAAAUUGAGGCAACUGGCUAUUUUUAAAAAAAUACAGUUACAUAUUUUCAAAAUUCGUCAAAUUUCGCGAGCUUGUAUUUUGAACUAUAGUCAGUUGAAGUUCCAUUAAGAAGCAUAGCAUGGAAAAUUUGAAGCAUAUAAAAUUAAUUUCAACGUACAUUUCAUUCUCAUAUCACGUUUUUCUUCGUUAUUACGUUUUUAAGCAAGCAAUAGCUCGACGUAUACGGUAUUUACUCUCAUGUUCACGUCGCCACAUGCACUUCGACUAAUCACUCGAUUUCAAAAAUAAUCAUCCCAAAACAAGGAAUUCAUGAUUGAUUUUUAAAAGAAUAACCGUUAAUUUGUAAAUCGUUUGAAUAGAAAGGAAAAUAUCGUUAGCUAUAAAACAGCUUCCUGCUAACUUUCUGCUUUUUUUGAAUGUAAAUGCAUUGGAGCUUUGUUUUUGCCCGAGAUUUUUUGGUCAGCGACGACAAAUUUCCCACCUGUUACCUUACAAUUUUUUUGUAAAGAAGUAAAGAAGUAGAGUUGUGCAAAUUAAUUUAAUACAAUAUGGAGAUAAAAUGUUAGCUAUUAUAUAUGACAAGCAUAUUGUCCUAUAUGCAUUUGAAAUGCAUGCAUGCAGUAUUCCAAGAUACUAUCAUUACAAAAAUGAUUUAUAUGUUUUAGUUGGUCUUAUGAGUCGAUAACUAGUUUCAUUAAAAAUAUUCUUUAAUUUGCUUUUUUGGAAUGUGUUAUAGGAGUUAAUGUGUUUUAAUUAAACUCGGUGUUGAUUUAUUCCAUACAUCGAAUGCUUUUCAGAAAAAUUUCGAAGAUUUAGACCCUCAGAAAGCCUGGAAAUGCAAUUAGUAGAAUUUGGCAUUUUCAGCUUGCUUCGUUUUUAACUUGCACGUUUGCUUGUCAAUGCCGCCGGGGGAGGGAGAGGUAAAACAGUUUUCCAAACAUAUCAUUAUUCACUAACUUUCCAAUUCAUGUACCAUAUUUUCUUAAAUUUUUUUGGAAUAUUUUCAUGAAUUUAUCAAAUUUUUUGCUAUCACUAUUACUUUUUCAUCCGAAGCCACUCAAAUAUUUUCCCUGAUUACGAAAACGAUUUGCCGAUAAAACCGUUAUUUUGCCGAAAAGACGUUUUCAGGGGGUGUCACACCACACACUCCGACCUGCUGCUCAGUGUUGAAAUCCCACCCAGUUUUUAUUUUCAAAUUAGAAUUAAUAUUACUUAUUAAGCCUGAAUGUCUGCAAAACAAUUAAAGUUUCAAUUUUAUAUCAUUAAAUUUCACACCUUAAUUUUCAGGUCGAUAAUCUUUAUCGUAAGAAUAUAUCAGAUGAAGUCCGAAAAAAGGUUGCCAGGGAAGUUAUCGACGAUCUGUUAAACGUAACAAACCUUGAUAAGAUGGACGAACAACAAAGAGAAAAUGGAAUAGACCCACAAAAUAUUACUAUUAUAGCCAGAAUACUACAACAAAUCGUUCAUCUAAAUGUUUCUGAUAACAAUCUUAACAUAUUGGGUCCGGCAAGCAAUAUAUUGGAUAUUAGGAAUACAAAAUCGUGGAGAAACAUGACGGUGAGUUAAGGCCAUAUUACACGGUGCAAUUGUUCUUGCAACUUGCAAUGCAAUUCUACUCUUAAGAGAUGUAAAAAUGGCAAAUACGAGUCUUCACUACACUCCGCUGAUGUUUUCUCAACAUAUCGAAAAUUGUUGCUUGUGAUACUACUCUGAGUGUAUAUCCACACUGGGCAAGCUUGAAAAAAUAUGCCUGACCACGGUGGGAAUCGAACCUACGACCUUUAGCUAGAAUACUAGCCCAAUGCUCUACCAACUGAGCUAUGUCUGGUCGGUUCGAGUAUGUGAUAUUUCGGAACAGAAUCUAGUCCCUUCGAUAUCAAUGUAAUCUAGUAAUAAUGAUAUCAUUGGAAUAUACCAUAAAAAUCGAAAGUGACCAAAAAAGCAACAAAAAUAUUUUAAAAUAAUUUGUAUUUUAGCUUCCAUAAUAGGUUGUAAAUAAAACAGCUUUUACACGCCUUUAGUAAUGUUAUUCAUUAGACUGAAAAGCUUCAAAUAUCAUUAAUAAUUCAUACGCUUAUUGGAAAAUCAUUUCAACCAUAAUAUGUCACGUGCAGCGGCUUUAAACCAUAUAAAAUACGUCUCCUAUAUAUAAUUAGUAUUAUUUAUAUAAAGAAUACUAAUAAGGCAGUAUCUAUUGUAGUCGUGUCCUCAUUAGUAUUCUUUAUAUAAAGAAUACUAAAAAGGCAGUAUAUCUAUUGAAUCUGUAGUCGUGUUUGAAGCCGUUUAAAUGUUUAGUGAACUCGCAGGUCUCGUUUUAUUAGAUCUAAAGCCACUCGCGCUGCGCGCUCGUGCGCGCUUGGCUUUAAUUUAAACUUAAUAAAACACUCUCGCUCGUUUAUUAAACAGUACGUUAAAGAAUACUUCUACACACUGUUAAACAAAACUUAUUGCUCAUAGUUUUUUAAAUUCUAGACAACACGUGACACUCACAUUUAGCCGUUUUAAUGGGUUAAACUUUUCCACAAAUUUUCUACUUUGCCAAUAGGUGUGGCCAGUUCUACAACAUACUUGAAUUCUAGAAAUCCGGGCAUUCUAUUUUCUUGUCUCAUCUUUUUUCGUAUCGUCUUUCAUUGUGUCAUCUUUCUUUUCUAGGACAAUAAAGUGAUUCGUGAUCUGGUAAUAACCUUGGAAGAUUAUGGAUUGCAAUAUGGAGAGAACUUAAAAAACAGCUCGAAUACUUCGCUUAUAGUUAAGGACUAUCCCAACGUACAGCUAAACCUCAGAUACAUAAAAUACGCAGGCAAUUUGUCACGAGAGGAAAGAAUUUUUAAGUUUCCAAAUGCGUCGUUCAACCUCUCGCCUGAUGCGUUACUGAAAGAAUCUGGCGCUGUGGUAGUUAUCUUGUGGUAUAAAACAAUACAUUAUCUUAUAAAGAAUACAUCUUCUGGUGAUAAUAUUUAUGCAGCAAUAAGCAGCAAGAUUAUAACUGUAAAUGUCCGACCUGAGCGAAAGGUGAAGUUUUCAGAACCUGUACGCAUCAGCUGGGACUUAGCGGAAUUGGUAAUUAAAGCGUACUUUUGUUUUCUACUCGUAGAGAAUGGCACUUUGCAACUUAGGAUGGAAAAUAAAUGAGUAUUCGAGUAAGACACUUGAGUAGGAUAGAAUUGAAUUGAGUAAAAUGGUUGGGAUAGUUGGGUAGAAAACAUCAGAAUAUUAUAGAUUAGGAUCCUGUAUACUUGGGAGUUCGCAGGUAGUGCUUUUCGCGCAAUUUGAUUGGUUGCUCAGCUCCGGAUAACCUUGCACCAUUUAUCUCCGGAAAAAACAAGAUGGCGUCCCAUUUCUUUGCGAUUUAUACAGAAGAGCAAAUUUUCUACUAGCAAGUUUUCAACUCGCAAAACACGUUUUGCAAGUUUUCUACUUGCGGUUUCGCAAGACACGAAGGAAGCCAGAAAAUUCCGUUUAAUUAACAGUAUGUAGAGGUAUUCUUUAAAGCUAUUUCUAAUGAAUAAAAUUACUAAAAGCUUUUACUAAUUACUAAAUACUGUUUUUUUACAACAACAGUUUUACGGGAACUGAAGAGUGAAUAUGCUAAAACAAUUGUUCACCUCAGUGUCGGUGAAUAGUGCAAGGAUAUCCACCCGGCAAUGCUUCGUGUUUCGGUAAAUAUCCUGGCACUAUUCACCGACACUGAGGUGAAUAAUUGUUAAAUAUAAUAACUUACCCUGGAAUACAAUCAUUACGGAAUACAAAUCAAUAGAAUGCCAACGAAUAUAUCUGAGUGCAUAACACCUGAAACAAAAAAAAACAUGAAAAAUGUUUACUGUUUCUUAAAUAACAAGAUUAGUGAUUGUUUAAAUGAUUUAUUUUACUUUCAGAACGAUUUCAAAAUGUGUGCCUACUGGAAACCAAGAUUAGGUGAAAAUAUAUGGAAGUCAGAUGGAUGUAAAAGAAUAACAGACAAGUUAUAUAGUAACCGCCUGACAUGUGAAUGCGACCACCUAACAGCUUUCGCUGUUAUGGAUAUUUCAAGAACUAUGGUAAGAUUUUAAGGUUACAGGAUACCCUAGGCGUGCGUUUCAGGAGAUCUACCUCUACUCGGCGAAUUUCUUUCAAUUUUUUGCCGAAUAUAGCCAGAUAGAUGAAGAAUAACAUAGUAGUAAUUAUAAAAUAUACGAGAAAAAAUUAUUUUCCCGAAUAUUGCUACAAGAAUUAACUAAAGUUUGUGGUACCUUCUUAAACACCGGUUCCUACGGAAGCCGUGAAGGGACUUCAGACUUCAAACAUUGUUCCGAGCUUCGCUAAUAGCCAACAUUGCUUCUGCGAAGCUGGCUAAUAUUUAAGGCACUUAUUCAGUCAAAGCUAUUCAAACAAAAGUUAAAAAUGGUCAGAAUGAUUUAGAUUGUAAAUGGAGACUAUUGGAUUAAUGUGUCAGUGAGUUCUGAAAGUUCUUUGCAGGUUUAAACGCAGAACGAUAAAACAUAUAAUACUAUCGUUUGUAGAAACACCACGUAAAUUUAUUACUGCAGCAAAUUUAUUAACUUUAUUCUGUAAAUUUAUCAAGUUAAGUAUAACACGCGCUCAAAACUAAUGCGUAUAAUAUACCACUUAAUUGAGGUUAUGACUAAAUUCAAAAUUUUUAUUUUUCGAAACGUUUCUCAAUCGGCAAACAAACUUAAAAAGUAUGUUUAGUGCUUUAUCUGUAAAAUAAUGCUAAAUUGAAGAAAUUUUAGACUACGCCAAAGAGAAAAUUAUGUCUGAAUUCAGUAAGUUUUGCUUAUAUUGCUCGGCUUAAAUAUGGCGUCAAUUUUAAAGCAUCAUUGAUAAUGUAUUUUAAUUGCAAUUUUUAACUAUGAUUUUAUGUUUGUCAACCGGCAGAUGCAUUUAAAAAGGUAGCUAACUACAUAAACUAACUAGAAUAAGGCAAAAACAAAGUGAUUCUAAGAGGAGGAACGCAAAAGCAAUGUUGGCUACCAUGCAGCGAAGCUCGGAACCAAUGUUUGAAGUCUGAAGUUUGAAGUCUGAAGUUUGAAGUCUGAAGUCUGAAGUCUGCAUGAAGUCUGAAGUCCGAAGUCUGAAGUCUGAUUGUCAAACAUCUGUUCCGAGCUUCGCUAAUAGCCAACAUUGCUUUUGCGUACCUCCUCUUAGAAUCACUUUGUUUUUGCUUUAUUCUAGUUAGCUACCUUUUUAAAUGCAUCUGCCGGUUGAGAAACAUAAAAUCAUAGUUAAAAAUUGUCAAUUAAAAUACAAUUAUCAAUGAUGCUUUAAAAUUGACGCCAUGCAUAUUUAAGCAGAGCAAUAUAAGCAAAACUUACUGAACUUCGCCAAAUGUUGCUUGAAUGAAUGAUAUACGCAAACAUUUACCUCAUUUCGCUUGUGCUCACGUUCUUUCGAAACAUAUUAAAAGGUUUAAAUAUAGAGCACAAGGGAAGGUGAUUUGGACAGGUGAGUUAAAGGGGAUUUAAUGGAAAGCCUCAAACAUUUAAUGGUCGAUUUAUUUGGCAAUAUGUCAACGAAUUCGCCCUGAAGUCCACAAUCAACGGCAUGCAGUUAAAAGAAUCUAAGUGUAUGUAUAUGGAACUCCGUAUCUGUUUUUCAACUACGAAAACUGAUUUCGAUCUCAUUCUUAUCAAUGACAAAGAAAUUGAGGUUUUCCCCGAGGCAAAAUUACUGGGCCUCGAUCACCAUCACAAAUUAUCUUAAAUGGAAUUCACAUGUCAAGAAUAUAUGAAAAAGGUCUCGACUCUCAACCCGUCUAUACUUUCUAAGACAACUGAAACGUGCCACAGUUCCAUCAAGAGAUCUCCUUAUAUUCUAUAUUACCUGCAUCUGGCCAGUCGCUGAAUAAGUGUGCGAAGUUUUCCACGACUCUUUCCAAAAAUACCUAUUUGACGACCUUAAUUAAAUAACUUGAAAAGCGUGCUUGUAGAAUAAUAUUAACAGAUCAUCGGUUUUUUGAAGCCCUGGAUCAAUUGGGUCUUACUACAUUGGCUGCAAAAAGACCGAACUUAACUAACAAGUUUUUUUAAAAUAUAGUCAACGAUCCUGAGAACAAACUACAUGACUAAUCAUUGCCUCCAGUGAACUCCUCAGAAAUAUGCCUGCGAGGCCUGGAAAAAGAACGUUUCGAAUUCCUAAUUAAUUUUAAGACAAAUAGAUUUAAGAAUAAUUUUAUUAAUUGUAAUGCAUGUAAAUACGUAAUUGAAUCGAACUAAUUUUUAAUUAAUACUGUUAGUCGAUCUAACUUUUAACUUUUAUUACUGGUACAACUUAACAUUAUUCAGCCGACGUGCAAGGCCUAGGCUGCGAGUCUUUUGAGUUAAUAAAUCUAUCUUGGCUAUCUAUCUUUCUAUAUUUCACAUCAAAUAAAAAUAGUAUCAAUGGGUCAUUGGAUUAAUUAGGCCUGACCACGCGUUAGUUUAAUUAAAUUAAUAAUAAUAGUUACGCUUAAGAAAUGAGGUAAAAGUAAUGGGAUUAAUAGACUAGAGAAAGUGUUAGGAUCAUGACAUCCACACAGAUUUAAAGUUUGUUCGUUCACAGCAACCGGGUAUAUAGAUCAUGUUUUCGCUCGCUACUCUGGUUUAUAUUAUGAAUGAAUACAAGGCCCAAUCGAAUUGUAAUCAAGGCACAACUUUUUGGCACUCCAACCUAGUGUCUUUAUCCGGGUGCAUCUAAAGUUGCAAUAUGGCUUCUUAAAUACCCAAGAAAUGACGUCAUCUGCCAAUGAGAUGCAUGUAUUCCUCUGGCAAAUAGGCACCGUCAUUCCUAUUCAAGACAUGAUUACUCAUGUUUAUAUGCCACGCUUCUAGGCAUCGUAUUUGACCAUAGCGAUUAUUUGCGGUAAUUACUUUGAAUUUUUCUACGCAAUCUUGUGUUUGGUGUUACACACAUGUUCUGCUAAAGCUUAUUUCUCCUUCCUUUAAGUUGAAACAGCCUUUUGAUGUUCUUUUAGCCGCUUGGGCUUUGUAUUUAUUUAUAAUUAUAAAUCAGAGUAGCGAGCGAAAACAUGAUCCUCACACACGCUGUUCCAUUUGAUAUUGAUUAUCUCGUACUUUUCUCUGUUUCACUUGGGCUUGACUGUUCGAGAUAGUGGUGUUCUACUGUACUUGAUGCUGUGCUCUAUUCUAUAUUGUAUUUAUUUCCUCAAGCUAAGCAAAGAUAAAAGAAAAGCUUUGGAGCUAAUAUCCACCAUCGGCUGUUCUGUGUCGCUGGUUGGAGUAAUUCUGACGAUAUUAAUAUACGCAUUGUUUUGGAAAAGACUUCAUAGUAACUCCAAGAGUAAAGUACCUUCCCAAGUGCUCAUGCAUCUCUGUGUUGUGAUUGGAAUGACAGAUAUCUUUGCUAUCCUGGCCGGACCAGCACUAAAAUACAAGGUGAAGCUCAGAGAAAACCGUAAGCGUACGGGCUUGACACUUUCCGAUGGGGGGGGGGGGCACUUGAAAGUUUUAUGGAAUAUUGUAAUGAAAUUACAGUACCUGAAUAUAACAUAUUUUGUGACACAUGUGUUCGAAAUUUUUCAAUAUUUUUUUUUUUUUUUGGGGGUGCUCCUUUGCUUUUCUGUCUCGUAUGCCUAUGGCAAAAAAAACAGGAAACAUUUGCAAGAACCCUUUUUCAGGCGGUUGAACAAAUUAUGUCAUCUAAGUAUAUAGCUCAUGCAUAACAAAUAUUGGUUGUGACAUGUGCAAGGUUGAAAACUAUCAGAAUAAUGUCUGCAAGACAAUAAUCACUAAAAACUGUCAGGCAGCAUCAAUGCUUAUUGCUUUAUUCUCUUGUUUUUUUGACAAUGAGAUUCCAUAGUACAUUAAAUCAUAAUUUAUUUUGUUUCUUUCCAUUCUAUAGACAUUCUGUAUAGCCGUUUCCGUUCUACUAUAUUUCUUUGUACUCGCUCUUUUUGGAUGGAUGCUAUGUGAAGGAAUUAUUAUUUACCUUCAACUCGUGAAAGUUUUCUCAGGAUUGGGUUUGGGAGGAAAACAUCUGAAGGGAUUCUAUAUUAUUGGUUGGGGUAAGCAACAUUGA